UGAAAAAAUCUCGGCCUACUAGGCUGUGAUAGACCUCGCAUGAGGCGUGUUAGUUAAUUGACGGCGACCUUGAGGAAGGACGAGAAUGGAUCCGCUUCGUAUUCCCAAGUGCUCGCCUCCAUCCCCACAACUCCACAUGACAGCGGCCCUCUGCUGCCGAUGCGAGCGGCUUUUCAGGACGAGAGAGUCGGUGGCCCAGCUCGCCGGCGAGCAGCCAACUGCCCUCUGCCCAUUUUCCGAUCUGGAACGCAAUUGCUCGCUCUGUCGCCUCAUCGCCAAGAUGCUAACCGCGUCGGCCGUGGCGAUGGACCAAACCGCGGACCUGCAGAGAGGAGAGGUCCGACUCCUGCUGAUGUUCCGGGAACUGGAUGCCGAAGAUGGAGACGAUUCCGGGUCUGAGACUGGUGACGUGUUUGUCGCGGAUGACACGACCGCGCCCUCGUCCAUGCUCUGCUACCUGUAUGAUGGAACCGUCGAGACAUCCGUGUCAGCUACACUGGCAUGGUAUUCCAUCCCCGAGGCUGCAAUGCGCGCACUUGGUCUUGACUCAACAAGCUGCGAAUUGGUGCGGCACUGGCGCAGAUUCGGCGGGUUCUAUACGUCAAUGGAGUAUUGGAAGCAGGAUUGCUUUGCAAACCCUGUCAUGGAUAUGGUGCGCGGGUGUCGCCGGCAUCACCGCCAAUGUCGGCUCAGGGACAUCUCUGUUCUCCCAACCAUGGUCUUAGAUGUCUCGUCACUUGAUCUGGAUGGAAGAAUCCACCUCUAUGUCCCAGGUCACCAACAUGUUGGAGAGUACAUCGCCCUCAGCUACUGCUGGGGCGGCCCACAGAAGAUACUCACCACUAAGAUGAAUCGCGCCGCGCACAUAGAGCAGGGAAUCGAGCUGGCGCGCCUCCCCCUCACAAUAGCCCAAGCGGCCCAGAUGACAGCGCGCCUGGGCAUUCAGUACCUCUGGGUCGACGCUCUGUGCAUCGUCCAGGACGACGACACCACCAAGGCCGCCGAGAUCGAGCGCAUGGGCGACAUCUACAGCAACGCCACCGCAGUCCUACUCGCCGGCGCCCAGUCGCGAACCGCCAACGACGGCUUCCCGAACCACUUCGACGACGUCGCGGUGGUCUCCUUCCCGGCCGGUCCGGCAGGCGAGACAGUCCCCGUGUGCCUGGCAUCCGAGUUCCAGGAAGCCAGCUUCCUCGACACGCGCGGCUGGACGUUCCAGGAGCGGCAUCUCGCCUCACGCACCCUCGAGAUCGGCGGCUCCCAGGGCGCAUCCCUCAGCUGUGUCGAGGCCUUCGUGAGGUUCACAGGCGACGCGUGGGAGCCGGACGGCCUCGCCCUGGCCGAGAAGAACUCCGCCAGGGCGAGCCGCGCGGGCCUGUGGCAUGCCAUUCUCGAGCAGUACUCGGUGCGGCAGCUGACGUUCGCGGCGGACCGCCUGCCUGCUCUGGCCGGCUACGCCAGAAUGUACGCCCAGGGGUCGGACGUCUAUCUCGCGGGCCUGUGGAAGUCCCAGAUCAUUGACGACCUCAUGUGGCGGAGCGGGUGCGCGGCACUGGGCCGCAAGCUCGACCUCGGGAAGCACCAAUCGCCCAGCUGGUCGUGGAUCUCGGUCCUGGACCACGAGAUGGACAGUCCUCGGCAGGGCGCCAACUUCGUCACCAACAACCUGCGCCACCGCCUAAGUCUUGCCGGGUCCGAUGACGGCGACGCAGCCACCGCGAGCCUCAUCAGCCAUUCAAUACGGCUCGUUGACGCCGACGCGCCGUUCGGUCGUGUCUUAGGCGGGUCUGUCACCCUCCGCGCGAGGAUGGUGCCCAUUGGCUCCGUCGCCGACCGCGCCGCCGUGGUUCGCGAGUGUGAUUAUCGCUUGUCCCCUGAUGAGGAGGCUCGGCUGUGUCUUUUGUGGCUCAAGUCUGCUUCGCGGUGGAAUCUCGUGGGUACCGAUCGGGUGCAGCGAGGGGACGGUGGGCUUGUGGUCCUCCCGUGUGAUGCCAGUGAAUCCUUUAGGAGGGUAGGGAGGUUCUGGGACUGGACGGGCAAUGUCGACGGGAAGUCGUCAAUGGUCGACUGGGAGGAUGUCGAGUUCCGUGAUAUCACAUUGAUAUGAUUACCUAGGCUAGUGGUGGAACUAAUUAGUUCUUUUCCUUCUGCCGGAGUCAAGGCGAGCAAGUAAUCACACGUCUUGGGUUCCUAUGAAAAAGAGAUUCCUCUUAUUAGCAUGCCCCUCUGCCCCUUGCUCUGCCAAGCAUAUGUAGUAUGCAGUAUAAUAUAAUUGUAUGUAAUUAUUAUGUCAAACCUUGCCGAAAGCAAAGAGAUGGGCCACCCGAUGACGACGCUGG